GAGAGCGGUUUUGUCCUGUCCGUUUGUUGUGGCUGCGGACUUCUAUUCGAUGCCAUCUCCGUUACGUGUUGUCGUUGAUGCCACCGCCUAAACCGUGUUUCGCCCCUAGCACCUCGUCGACCUUUCUUCAGCCACGCUCCAUUUUUUAUCCCAUGGAAACGCCGGAUGAGAAUGCGGGACUGUCCUGUAUAGUGGACUGGGGGUACUCGGAGUCCCAGUAUGGGACUCCCCGUGCCGACCAUGCCCAACAGUCCAGUGCUUUGCGAGGACAGGCAGGGUUUGCCCCUCCUCCGAAUGCCAGUGAGCAUGACGUGUUGGGCACUCAGGUCCCCAAUUCCCAGUUUUUCGGGAGUAGGGGCCAUCCCAGCUCUGUCGGCACGGCCGUGCCGGGAAGGGGCUCCCCUUGUCGUGACGUUGAUGCCACACUGCCGCCUCCGCUGUCCUCUCCACGCACUCCCGUUGCGGGUCUAAGUUAUGGGGUGACUGUACGAGAUGAGAAUUACCUGAGGCAGCAGUUACGGAUGCGUGCCAUAGCCAUGGCGGAGGGGCAGUCACGGGAUCCGUUUGUUGUGGCUGGUAGCCGGGUUCCCCAUUUGUCCCCUUCUCAUUCGGAGGCGUCGCGCACUGUGACGCCUGAAAGGCCUUUGGCGGCCGGUGACUGCAGCGAUGGGCCUCGCAGAUCGUUAGACGGUGGAAGCGUUACCCCUCCACCCCGCUCGAGCAGUGCGCAGGGGGUGCGAGACAGCGUCACACCCCCGUCGGGGGGGGGGGGGCAUUCUCGGAGCAGUGCGCAGCAGAGUCCGGGGUGUGAUUAUAUCAUCAAUCGUCUAGUGCGCGACGUGGAAGGUGGGGUUUUUUCGACAGGGGGGAGUGCGGGUUUCAUUUAUGGUGGACUUGGCAAUCCGGACGUGGCCAUCCGUGCAGACGUCUCCCCGCAAGCACCGCCAAGUCGCGAUGGCAAUGCCCAUGCGGUGAACGACGGUGCCGGGGCCGGCGGUCCAUCCUACGUCCCGGCGACAGAUGUUGGGGGUUAUGGAUCAUCCGCGGGAGGGCGUCCGCAACGCGGACAUGUCAGACCGCCUGACGCGCCGAAGAACUCGGAUAGGUGGGGGGAGGAGGAGACGACGGUGCUUUGUCAAACACGCAACGAGACGAAGGCACUUCUCGGUGAGGAGACGGAGGGGAUGGGAAGGGCUCGCGCAAAGGCAGGGUUUUGGAAGAAUGUCGAACAUCGCAUGUGGGAGAGCGGAUACUAUCGUGAUCAUGAUCAGUGCAAGGGGAAAUUUAGUCAAGUGAUGGACUUCUAUCGGCGGCUGAAGAUACAUGAAGGGUGGUCGGGCUUACCGAGUUACUGGGAUAUGAACCAGACGAAGAGAAAGAGGUACAAUGUAGAUUUUGUAUUAAGGCGCAGUUGGUAUGACACCAUAAACGCAGUUGAGAAGGACGUCGACUCCAUAAACUUAUGUAAUUUGUGGGACUCCAGUGUCGAACAGGAAAGAUGGGAAGAGGCGAACAAGGGGGCUCAUGGGGGCGGGGAUACAGAGGGUGUGAGUGAGGACAUGGGUGGAGGAUCCGAAGGCGGAACCCCAACCUCUAGGCCGACACCCUUCGAACCAACCCUUGGGAAACGCAAGAGGACGGCAUCGAAUGCCCGUGAGACAAGUAUGAAGGCUGUGACUGGGGCAAUGCGUGAUCACACCGCUGCCGUUACACGGUCAGACCGAGAGUGCGCGAAGUUGAGGUGUGACACAACACGUGACAUUGCAGUCAAACAGAUGGAAGUCCACAGAGAAACUGUGGACAAGGAUAUUGCUGCACGUGAGCGGGUGGCGACCAUUGGCUUCGACAAGAUGGAGAAGGGCUAUGUCUACCUCGCCGACGCUAUUCGCAGCUUGCGUGAACCUCGCAAAAGCCGCACUUUGGACGACUCGCAGGGAUCUGGUUCGGAGUAGGAAUAGUUGUCUUUCUAAUUUAGUGUUGCGAUUUUCUUACUAGGGUGCCAUACAUGGAUGUGUGUGUGAAGGUUGCAGUUUUUUGUC